AUGAGGGAAUUAGCGUUGCAAGGAGGUAUAGACGUCGAAUCAACGAUACAGUGCACCAUCGAUGGUAUAUCGGAUAGCAGUAGCAAGGUGAUGUUAUAUGGAGCUCAAAAUUAUAACGAGCUCAGGUCCUGUCUUCGUGUAUAUGAGAAGAUACAAGAACGAGGAAAUACAGCCAUGAAGAAUAAUUCGAAGAAAGAAGUAGCAAACAAGGCAAACAAGGACGACCCCAAAUCGAUGAAAGAGGGAAAGAAGACAACAAAACCAGGAGAACGUUGCUACAACUGUGACGAAAGCGGACAUAGGUCGGACAAAUGCAUCGCACAGGGUCAAGUAAAGACGCUCGGUUAUUUCCAAUCAACGGUCACAAUAGAUAAUGUCGAUUUUCCGUUAGCAUUCCAUGUAGUUCCGUCCGAAGCCCUGAAUGUUAAUGUGAUUUUAGGCACUGACCUAAUAAUUCAAGCCGAAGUAAGGAUCGAUAAAGAUGGUAUCGCAAUUUCCAAGCCUAAUGUUUCCAUUUUUCUCUCACAAAUAGAAUUACAGCCAGAAAAAGACGAAGCAAUUUGUACAGAUACAAUAAUUGACAAAGAAGCUAAAAAUGUUGCUGAAGCUCCACGACGAUUACCCUUGAAAGAAAAAGAGAUUAUCGAAAAUCAGAUAAACGAGUGGGUAAGCGAAGGAAUCAUCGAGCUGGGUUCGUUUGAAUAUGGGAGCCCUGUAGUACUCGUAAAAAAGAAGAACGGUUCUCAUCGGCUGUGUGUCGAUUAUAGAAAACUAAAUCGAAUAAUGAUUAAGGAUAAGUAUCCACUUCCAGUAAUCGAGCAUCAAAUUAUAAUUAUGAUAGAUUAUCAGGGGCUCGCAUAUUCAGCACGAUAG